AUGUCGUUGCUACUGCCCCGGGCCCUACGAUCGCCGGCGUUCCAACAUUCAACCAGCCUGGGCCUCCGCGCUUUCUCAGGACUACGGCGCGAUGUGCAAUCCGGCGCGCCUCGAGGAUGGACGCCGACACCCUUUGUGACAGAGACGGUCGAGCGCAUCGUCUGUCUCAACGGCGAAGUGAACGAGAUCGCAUCUGCAUCCAUCGUCGCGCAACUCCUCUUUCUCGAGGCUGACAAUCCCGAAAAGCCCAUCAACCUCUACAUCAACUCACCCGGAGGCUCCGUCACGGCAGGAUUGGCCAUCUAUGACACGAUGACCUACAUCCGAUCUCCCGUUACAACGAUAUGUGUUGGCCAAGCAGCAAGUAUGGGCUCACUGCUUCUCUGCGGCGGAGCUCCGGGCCACCGUUUCUGUCUCCCGCACAGCUCGAUCAUGAUCCACCAGCCCAGUGGCGGCUACUUUGGACAGGCUUCGGACAUUGCGAUUCACGCCAAGGAAAUCCUGCGGAUACGGACGCAGCUCAAUAAGAUCUAUCAAACCCACUUGACCAAGUCGCAUACGUUGGACCAGAUCGAGAAGCUCAUGGAGCGGGACUAUUUCAUGUCGGCAGAGGAAGCCAAGGAAUUGGGACUGGUAGAUAAGAUCCUGGACAAGCGGGAUAACGAAGAGAAGAAGGAGGAGUAA